AUGAGAUACUCAGCUCUACUUGCUUCGAUAGCAGUUUUCGAGGCGGUUUCGGCCGCUUCCUCUGAAAUAGCACCUUCUUCUUUCGUGUAUUCCAACUCAUCGAUAACGCGUGCUCCUUAUGUCACUUCAAGCUCGAUAGAUUCGGGUCUGACAAUUUAUGACGACGAAAUUAUAACAGAGAGUGAAGAGUAUGACCUUUAUCAGACGAUAUGCCCAUCCGGUGGUGUAUGCUAUACUACGAUAGAUGAGUACAAUAAAACCACGCGGACUACUAUUGUCGAUGAUAUUCUAACGGUACUCACGACCGUGUACCCUGUUUCGUCGUCUGAAGGUUUUGAUGACUCGAUAUCAAGCACCAUACCAAUUUCUGACCUAACAGAACCAACCUCGUAUGUUUACGACGCUAUCACGGACGAUGACACUGUUGAAAUAACUAAGACUAUUUGUGAUUCGUAUUCCUGUCGUCUCACUACUGAACUUGAUUCCUUGACUACUGCGACGACUAUCAUUGAUGGAAUUCUGACAACAUAUGUCACGUAUGUUCCUAUCUCCAGUGAAUCUUCAUCUGAAGCUAUUUUUUCGGCAGCCAUUACCACAUCUUACGAUGAUAAUGACAAACUGAAAAGUAUUCCGUCAGAAACUGCAACUUUGACUGAAGCUGCUUCUUCUGACACUCCAAUUUCAAACGAUGGUACAGCUACUGAGAGUAUAUACUCUACUACAGUCAUUACUACCACCUCGUGCUCGAAUAAUGUUUGUUCUAAGGUCCCUAAGACCACAGGGUUGACAGUCGUUACCAAGGACAAUACUAUCUAUACAACAUACUGCCCAUUUUCUGGAGAAGCUACUGAAUCUGAAACUCAAAGUUCGAAUCCGAGUCCGAUUUCUUCGGAGAUUGAAGCCACAUCUUCAUUCGAAUCUGGAAUCUGGAAAGUAGUGACCAAGGACAAUACUAUCUACACUACAUUUUGUCCUUACUCCGGAGAAACAACUCUGAACCUGGCUUCCGGCGUUGGGUCUACUUCGUCAGAGACUGAGGUCAAACCAACUACAUUAGCAAGUUCUUCUCUUUCAACCAUCAACGUUAUCACUGAUAACAUUGUUACUGAAACGCCAAGCGCAAGCUUUGAAACUCAGUCAAGUUCGCAUGGAGCAGUCGGUGUUUCGUCCUAUGAAGGUGCAGCAGCCGUCGCAAAAACUACCGGUGCAUUCGGUCUUUUAACUUUCUUUUUAUUCCUUUUGAUAUAG